AUGGGUCAGGCCUGGACCUCGCUUGUGGUCGAGGGCUGUGCAGCUGAAGCAGAAGCAGCCAUCGAGGCGGUGCAGGCUCCCGGUGAAGAAGUGUCGAUCCCUCUCAUCACAGGCGACGACAAACGCUGCUGCAUGCGUUUCGUGGUUCGCAAGUUUGGGCGCAAGAGUUGCUUCCUUUUCAGCUGUGGCCACACACCUCCGACUUCCAGCGGUGUUCCAUCGUGGCCUCUGGAGAUCCGAACCGCCGAAGGUCAGGGCAAGUCCGCCUACGCCCUUGGCGAUCUCCCAGGGAAUCAGAUCCUCCUUGAGGAGGAGCCCUUUUACACCCGGACGCCGCCCGCGGAGCUGCACGGGCGGCCAGAAUGGGACGAGGACUGGAGCGCCGCCUUCACUCGCAUCAAAGCGCCGAUGCGGCUGCCUGGUGGAGAAAGCGAGAAGGAGAAGCCUCUGCUAGCAAGUACCGCCCUCGUUCGGGACGUCCUCGGAUUUGCAAAGAUGCCGGAGAGCCUACGAGGUGCUCUGUUGUCUUUCAGCUUCCCUGCGCUGGACUUGGAGCACGGGCUUGUCGACGUCGCUCUGCAACUUGCAAAGCUCUGCAAAGAGCGGUUGCCAGAAUGUAAGGCCUUCGAGGUGGAGUGGUUACAAAUCGGAAUCCUGGUGACAGAGAUGAACAUCUUUCCUGGUGGUAGGGUCUUUUGGACGAUGAGUCGUAUCAACCACAGCUGCGCUCCCAACUGCGUGUUCACCAACGCUCCCGGCCGCUGGGGACUACGCACGCUGCGACCUAUUCGCAAGGGCGAGGAGCUCACUAUCUCCUACCUGGGUGAAGAGCUACUGCUUCCUACUGGCCAACGCAGAUGGCUUCUCUGGCGGUCAAAAUGUUUCAUUUGCCAGUGCUCUCGCUGCAGAAGUUCCGAGGAUCCGCUGAGAGACCGUGCUUGCAUCUGUCUCGGCCGGGCCCCGCUGUCCUGGCGAGUGGUGCACAAGCCUGCGGUGUGGCAGCGCGCGGAUCCCUCGACGAAGAGCCGCGCCGUUGCCUUGCUGAAGGAGGGUGUCGAAUUCGCCUCGACUGGAGAGAUCAGAAGAACGUCGGAGGGUGCAUGGGUGCAGGUGGAGAAGUGUGAAGUCAACGGGCAAACAUCCGGGUGGGGUCUGAUCGAUGGAGCAGCCCUGGGAUUGGGUCGCCUGAUUGAGCCUUGCGAGGGCAGGCUUCCAUCGUUAUCCUCACACGAUGGGGUUGCUCCUGGAGAGCUGCGAGAUCGCCUGCAAAAGCGAGCGCUUGCUUCGCGAGCAGGUCUGAGAUUGAAUUGGUAUGACGGAGACACCAUCGAACGAUACUCGCUUCCUGCGGCCAGCGCGGCCACGCAGUGGAGGCGAGAUGACGCUGAUGACGAG